AUGGCAGGGCUUACGCCGUCAUGGCUCUGGCCACUCAUGCUGCUAACAGCAGCCCAGUUGGGAUGGCCGCACAUGCCCAGUGGCUCUAUCGGGUCGGUGGCAGCGGAGACAAUUGCUGUCUUUGACUUUACCGGUCAAACGGGCCUGGGCUGGCCCUCGCCUGCCAACGUGGCUGACCAUGGUUGGUGGCUUGAGAUCACCAACAGCAGCCUCAUUGCACCAACAGCGGUUCUUCAGGUACGCGUCGAUCCAACCAACCUACAGCAAACGCGGCACAACAGGGUACAAGCGAGGCCAUGCUUAGCCAAAAAGUAUGCAUUCAAUGUCACAGCUCACAACCACGGCUCCAUCCGACAGGUCAAGGCAAGCCCCGUGCGGUUCUGGCCAUCAUCCCAAGACGCGUUUGUAGCUGCGGGGAUAGGCGAUCAGGUUGAAGUGGUAUGGUCAUCUACAAUCAUUAACGUCUCUUGUUUUGAAAACGUGACCGUGUCCGUCGACUGGCUUCGGCCCUCCCACAGCACGGACCCCAGCCCGUCCACAACCGCCUUCACAGCUCAGACCACGCAUGCUACGGUUGAACUCAUGUCAUCCGGAACGACCACCAAAAGCGAAAUGACACCCUCAAAAUCCGCCACCUCCUCAGCUUUGUUCAUCAACGCAUCAAGCAGCAGUGGCACUUCACCAACUCUGAGCUCUACACCUGAGACGACACCUGGAUCGCCCAGCGCUUCUACAGAGGCCACCACAGCACCCGUAUCAUGGCAUCCCAAUCGCGUGGGGGACCGGCUUAUCUGGCUGUACGCUGUGGACCAGUUCAUUGCUGUCCCAUCAUCCUUGCGCACGGUGGAUGGCCAGGUACCUGACUCAGCGUCACACGGCAGCACGAUCGUUCGCGAUCUGCGCGGCGCUGCCACCCUGCAAAUUCUGGCCAGCAUGAUGGUCAGCCCCACCUCCGAAGGCUAUGCUUUUGACAACAUUGUUGUGAGCGGCGCACCUCGAGAAGCAGCCAUGGCUGCAUGGUCGGCCUGGUCUGUUGGACCCUGGUCAGCUUGGUCAGCGUAUGAGCCUCAGAACUGUUUCGUCAACCAGAGCCGCACCCGGGUGCGCCAGACAACGCGGACCUGUGAAGCCACAGGCUGUGCGCAAAUAUACGAUUGCCCGGGGCCUGCCAUCAGCAACGACACAGACACGGAGCUUCGUCCAGCCGCAGACAAUUGCUGUGGGCCACGCAACGCUACCUGGUCCGACCUGAAUAUUGCUGGAUACGGUGCCUGGAGUGCUUGGUCACCUUCCAUGUGUGGAACCACCCAGUUUCGCACUCGAUCUGUCUUAUGGAGUCGCAGCUGCACUCCAGAGCUCUGUGGUGGGCUCAACUGCUCAGAGGUGAUCCCACCCUCGCCAUACAAUCUGACAACCACAUCGACGGACAGUCGCAGUGCAGCGGAGAACUGCUGCCAGGUCGACUCUUCCUGGAGCACCUGGAGCGCAUCCAGUUGGUCAGCGUGGACAGGAUGGGCACCUCCAGAUUGUGGGGUCGCGCAGAAUCGUACCCGAGAGCGCGGGCUCAAUCGCACGUGCACUGAGGGCAGUUGUGGUGGUGCACCCUGUACCGGGCCUGCAUACACGACUGAGCUGGACCUCGACUCGCGCGGCGCAACUGCCAACUGCUGCUUUCAGGCUGGAACGUGGUCCAACUGGACCUAUGCGCCUUGGAGUACAUGGUCUUCCUUUUCACCAGAGACGUGCGGGGUCGAACAGCUUCGCACGCGCUCACGCAACAGAAGUCGUGUAUGUGAAGGCGCUGUGCCAGACUGUCCAGCUACAUGUUCAAGUGAUGCGUCAGCCCUUAGCGAGACGGAAUCGGAGACGCGUUCGGCAGAACAAAAUUGCUGCCCUAUAGAUGGCAGGGCGGGACCUGCCGUCGCUGGUGCGUGGACUACCUGGCCAGAAUGGGGCACCACGUGCGGUGUAGCACAGACAAGACAGCGACAGCGCACAGUCGUUCGUCAGUGUAAUGCACCAGCCCCGGAAUGCGGGGGUGAGGCAUGUCCGACCUCAGACCUUGUCCACAUUGAAUAUGACGUUGAAAACCGCACAGCGGAAGAAAACUGCUGUCCCAUUGACGGCGUUUACGGUAACUGGAGCUAUGGCGCUUGGAGCGCUUGGAGCAGCCCAUCUACUUGUGGGGAGGAAACGCUUGUUGAGCGGACGAGGACACGUACACGAGCAUGUGAUAGUCCCGCUCCGAGCUGUGGUGGAGCACCCUGUAUUGGCUCGACAGAGAGCGUUGACACAGAGCGGCAAACGAUGACCGCGGAGGAAAACUGCUGUCCAAUCAAUGGCCAGUGGAGUAGUUGGCAUGCAACCGACGCCUGGUCGGCCUGGUCCCUCUGGCUUCCAGCCGACAUUUGCUCUGGUACACAGACGCGCACUCGCAUGCGAGCUGAGUUGCGAGCCUGUGACAGUCCCGAACCCAGCUGCAACGGCACAGCCUGCCAAGGCUCAGCCACACGGCAAAACUUGGAUGAUCAACACCGCAAUAUCUCUGGAGCGGUGGACGGCGCUUGGACAGCAUGGUGGCUGGAGGCAUGGUCGACAUGGAGUCCAUUUGAGCCCGAGUCGUUGUGCACCGGGUGGCAAAACCGUACCCGCACGCGCAGCAAGACACGCGACUGCAGCGAAGGUACGUGUGGCGGUAGUCCCUGUGCUGGGGUUGCUUCGGCCAUUGACACGGAAACGGACGCGCGCUAUGUCAAUGGCGUCGAGAAUGGCACCUGGGUUAACGUUACCGUCUCAGCGUGGUCGACGUGGUCGGCCUGGAGCGGAGACCCUUGCGGCUCUCAAUUAAAUGCCACCCGACAGCGCAGUAUUGCGCGGGAUUGUCAGGAGCCCGUUUGUGGUGGACUGCCGUGCCAGGGCCUUGCCGAUUACACUGAGGUAGAGCAGCGCUCUCGCAACAUUACCGAUCCCUGUGCCGAGGGGUGCCGGAUCGACGGUCAAUACACCAGCUGGGAAGCCCAUACUUGGAGCACCUGGAUGUACGCUGACCUGGCGCUGUGCGGUCAAGACCAGAAUCGGACGCGAUAUCGAAAUCUGACGCGCUCAUGCAGUGCGCCAAGUCCUUUGUGCGACGGAAGCCCAUGCGAGGGUCCUGCGGUCACCCAGCAGUCUGAGACCGAAGUGGUGCGGCUUGAUUAUGUGCCCCCCUCUUGGUCUUCCUGGUCUUAUGCAGAAUGGACUGGGUGGUCCCACAACUUUUCCUGCCCGAUUAAUGGAAGCUUGGCACGCACCCGACGCGCAACACGCGAGUGCACAUUUGCUGAAGAAUCAUGUCGCAACUCGACUUGUGCUGGCAGCCCCGUCGUACACGAGUAUCAAUGGACACACGCAAAUAGCUCGUAUUUCAAUGAUUCCCGCACUGCUGCCAAUUGUUGUGACUCAGCACUGGUGUUCUAUACACUCGCCAACAUGUCUAGCUGGUCAGCUUGGCGCUAUACCGACGCCGAGCUGCUUCAACCCGUGUGUAAUGAAAGCCAGACCCGCCGGCGCUCACGUUCGCUAACCUGGACCUGUCAUGCUCCACCCGGCUGCGAACGCGAACGUUGCGGGGAUGAUGGGAAUGUGACCGUUGAAACUGAAACGGAGGCUGCUUACUUUGCUGCAUUGGAGCAGGCAACAUGGUCUAAUUUCACGGCAGAAUCUUGGUCAGCUUGGACGCUGGCGGGAUUUGGACGAUGUGGCCAGUUUCAAAAUCAAUCACGGUCGCGACAGCUGGUUCGUACGUGCUUGAGCGCGGGGUUGGAUUGUCCGCUGCCAUGCAUUGGGCCCAACGCAACCACAGAGUCACAGUCUGGCGUUUCCGUGGAGCUCUAUUGUCCAGCUGAAUGUGUACAGAAUGGAACCUGGAGUGCGUGGAUGUCAGAACCAUGGUUGAGCUGGACAGCUUGGACACCAAAUAAAUGUGGCGUCGUGCGCCAGCGCACGCGUCAGCGCAGCUGGAUACGCAAUUGUACUGAGCCUGCCUGUGAUGGCCUGCCAUGUCAGGGCUCAGAUAUCCGUGUGGAGACUGAGAAUGCUACCAGCUACGCCAACGAAUCUUGCUGUCGAGAAAACACCAACGCCGAUGGAGGGGAAUGCUGCUCCAACGCAUACCUUGAGUUGGCGUCUGGCUAUUGUCGCCGAAUUCGCCAAUGUGACUAUGAAAGCGGGUUUUACGCCCAAACUCCGGCCACGAGCACGAGUGACACAAUUUGUGCACUCUGCCCAGCUGGCACCACAAGCAACGCGAACCAAGGGUGCACAAACUGUCCUGCUGGCACGUAUGCAGCAGAAGGAGAAUACCGCGCUUGCUCGCUCCUCACUUGCGUUGAAGGCACCACCGAUCACGACCGCGACCCAUCGACGGCCUGUGUGCCCUGCGAGGCUACGACGACGUCUGCUGCGAAAACGGACAACAGCAACACCGGGGCUUCAAACUCGGAUAGUGGGGGUGGUGGCAUGCCAGUGUGGGCCAUUGUCCUGAUUGUUCUUGUGUCGCUGUUCAUGCUCGUCAAUAUUUAUGUAAUCUGCCGCUCGCGCCCGCGAGAGCCCACGAGAACUGACAACCUGCGACCCUUGCAGUCGCUCAUCUCGCGCGCCAAAUGUGAUUUCAUAAUUAGUGGAAAGUAUGAGCUUGGGACGGAGAUGAGAGUCUUGCCCGGACGCCACACACCUACGGAUGAGGAAUCAGUCUACUCUGCGGUAGAUCGAGGUCACAUUUACGAUCGCAUCCAGGCAGUUGGAGACGGAUUUGUUCUCAUCAACGGGCAACUUAUAUCUUAUAAGGGCAAUUUGAACCACAGCCGCGGCACAAGCCCAUCGAGUUCAGGCAUUCGUGCUUUGCCCCGGCAAAGUCGAACCUUGGAUCCUGCCGUUUUGCAACGAACAGAUUCGACGUUUGAUGCUGAUGCUUCCAGUACCAUGACCAGUGCAGUUGACCUGGGCAGCGAAGAUCCAUUCGCUACCAUGGACACGGACGAGGAAGGCAUUUAUAGCAACCGUGCUGGAAUGCGCGUGCGAUCUGUGACACCCCUGAUGCUUCAGCCAACGCCCCCGACCCCGGCCAUGGAAUACGUGGUGUCCAAGACCUCAAGCAAAGCCUCGUCUACUGCCGCGAGCCCAGGUCCGGGCAACGAGCUUCGCAAGACCAAGGACAAAGACAAGGACACAGACAAGAAUAAGGACAGAGUCAAGGCCCUUGAUAAGAGCAGAAGCAAAGACAAGGAGACGGAGGCGGGUGCAGUGUCAGAGAAGGAAAAAAGCUCGGGCAGCAAGUCCAAAAUGAAGACCUUCAAGAGCAAAACUCUUCGUGGUCGCAGUGGCCGAGAAAAGCACGCUCGCAGUAAGAAGCUCGCCGAGGACACUGAAGGCCACCACCGGCGUCAAUCCAUUACUCGAGCUGGGUUCCGUGCCUCUACGAGCGAGCGAGCGCGUGCAGCACAGGAGGCUGCAGAAGAUGAUGUACUAGGGAAUCCAGCGCGCAGUCGAUCACAGAUUGAUUUUUUGGCCUACUCGGACACAGCAAGCUUGGCCAACACAUCAAGUUACUACGAUUCUAGUUCGUUGCGCUCUCACCCGUCCGACUUUCGAUCCGCUGCCGUCGCACACUCUUCCAGUUUCAAGUGGCAUCGGGAGACCAAUCAGGACUCGGACGAGGAGGAAUUUUACUCCAUUUUCAGUGGUCAGCCUCAGCGCCACGUGGCCUCACGCUUGCUCUCACGACGAGGGAGUCCCAGUGCCGAGGAUUUCUCCAUGCAAGCGCUUGAUUCACUGCUGCGCUCGACGGGGACAGAUGUAGACGAGCCCAACCCUAGCGAACGGCGCCCUGCAGUCCCUGCACGGGCACCCGUGCGUGACGCAGGCAUGCGUUCAAAAUCCGCCCCUAGUUCGCGACCCAUAUCCACGAUGAGCACUGCGAGUGCAGGUGCUUUGGGUGCUGCAGCGUGGGCCUCCUCACAGGAAUUAAGGGCAGAUCAGCAUGAAGGCGAGCUCUCCGCUUCAGCGAGCGCCGUCCCGGCUCAAGUUGAGACCGAGGCUAGGCCUGGUAAUCAGGCUGAAACGUUGGCUUUGGACAACGCUUCGGCCGAAGCAGCCCCUGGUGACUUGAACGCUGAUGCAUCGUUGCAUCAAACCUCCGUGCUCGACAUGCUGGACGACAUUGAUGAUGCUGCCACCGAUUUUCUGGCCGAAGAGGAGCUCUUUGAUGUCAUGGAAGAUCCGGCUGGUGAUACGUCCACCCACUCGAUUCAGGAGCAGGGAGGUCCUCCGAGCGCGGCGGAGACCACGGUUGACCUGGGCCAUGACAUUGACCCAGAGACGGGCAGCUCGCAAUUCGGUGCAUCAAGGCCAGCCUCGAUGCGCCAGCCAAGUCCCCCACCGACUGCCACGCCUUCGGCCAGCCAACCGCCAACCCUGCCGAACAAUCGUCAUAGUUGGGCCGCUGAGUUUAUCUUGCAGCAACUUGGCUGGAAGCAAGAUUAG